AUGUCCUACACGAAGAAAAUCUCCCUUCGCAUCCUCUACACUAUCAACAAUUCGCCUCAGUACAUACUUGCUCGAUCCCAGGGACCUGUUCCGGUCUCCCCGGUUUUCCAUUCACCAGACACAAGCGACUCGAAUACUCUUUACGCCACGGUUAAUCUCAAGACUUGUCUUGAAACCAUCGCUCGGUCUAGUCCAGAGCUUGCUCAAGACACGUCUCGAGAUUUUUCGGUUUAUGUCCUCGACCCUCUGGAGUCCAAUUCUGCGCCAGCUCCCGUGCACAUAUCCAACACGACGAAUGGCGAAAUUACCACUAACACAAGCCGAAAAGCUGCAGAGCAACCCAGAGGAGUGGCUGUUGGGUUUGGUUUGAUGUCCUUAGCGCUGCAGUCGCCAGAGGGAGACAUAACAUCGGUGGUAGGGACGUUAGUGAAGCAAGGUUCGCCUCUAGAGGCUCUUGAAGUGAUAUUUGCCCUCCGUGAGUUUUCCGGAGUAAAAAACCCAACAUGGGGGGCCUUAGCUGCUCAUAUUCCUAAAUCUAACCAUCCUAUAUCUUCUUUCGGGUCUUCGACCAGCCAUUCCAACACAACCGUGACCUCCAUAACGUCUUCACACAUGGCCUCAUCAUCGUACCAGACGACGCUUCACAUUCCCUCGUCUUCAUCAACGAUACUCCCGCCACCGGGAGCCACAGAGACAUCUUCGAACUCUGUUUCAACGCUAGCUUCAAUACACUUACGAACUGCGACUGCGAAAGCGAAAAUAAAGCGAAAGAAAACUGUGACCUCAAAGCCUUCAACAAUACCUUUCACUGAAUCCGAUAAACUGUUUUACACUGCGGAAACGUACAUCGGGGGCCCAAAAAAGAAAGGAAGACCCAAAUCGACACACAAAAGUUGGGCUCCAACCGAUGGGACCUCAGUUGCAUCCUGUUCCGGCUCUGACCAUCAUGAAGACGUAAUUGUGAUUGACGUCUCCGACAACAGCAAUGACAAUGCCACAAGCGUACCUGGCGGCGAUGAUGUUCGGCCAUCCAGUAUUUCUCAGCGACAUUCGGACCAAUCUGGAAGUUCUUCGAAACCCUCAAUAUCACAAUCAAAGCCGAAACCGAAGAAAAAACGGUCGGCUCCUGACCCAUCGAUUCCUCCAUUCUCAACGGCACCACUUAUCAGACGCCCCCAAGAACCUCCUAUAUUUCCUACCCCUUCCCAACCCAAAGCUGAGCCGAAAGCUGAAACGCAAAAGGACAUAACGCUGCUUGACGUCCUUGCAUUACUCUCCGCCACAUCACCCGCGGAUCCCGGGUCACAGAAUGCAGCGAUACUAGCAGCUCUCAACUCCAUUGACUCAUCUCGUAAACUUAAUGAUCAGCAUAUAGAGGAACCUAACCCUGCACUGAUAUCUGCUCUCAAACAACUAUUAUCAAUUUGUUCCAAACCCUUGUCGGGCAGUGAAGAGUCCCCGAGCCAGUUGAGCAAUGAUCAAACUCCACAGGCAAUCAGCUCACAAGAGGAUGAGAUCGUCGUCUUGGAUAAAGAGAAUGUCAACCCGAGCGUGUUCCGAAGACGAGCACAACGUGAUUACGAGGAGGCGAAGCUGCGUGGAUCGCCUCCCCCGGCGGGUCCCAGCUUAGGGACCCCUUUUGCUACGGCUGGCCAAGUUGAGCGGCAAGCGCAAGGUCCGCGCUUGAGCAGCCGGUCUAAUGAAAACUCCCCAAGCAAACCAGCUCCAACUCCGUCAGCUAUAUCAGGUGGCGCACCUGAACUUGGGAGAAAGCGAACAUUGAGUGACUUUUUGGACGGGGAAGAUUCUCGUCGCAACCGAAGCAAAGCAAGAGAACGAGAGCGGGCAGAGAGGAGGGAUGCUCACCGCCAUGCGAAGUCACACCGCCAACAGACUUCCACCAACAACAGCUCAAGGCAUUACUCAAGAUUGGUUGAGCAGCCGCGCCCAGAACAGUCCUCAACUUCUUACUAUAGAACUGGAGUAGAGCCUUGGACGUCUCCUCCGAGACCCCGGCUUGUCGACAUGUCGGAUUCAUGGGAAAGUGAAGUAGAAACCGCACAACCACGCCCAUUAGCCUCUCCAAAAUCUCAUAGAAUAUCAGCAUCCUCACCUGUGAGGUCCAACUCUGUCCACCUCCAAGCUCGGAAAAAAUACGUAGUUCCAGCGUGGGCCAGAACAAGUACAGCCACGCAGCCCAGGCUUUCAGAGGAGGCACAACGCGCCAUGCAGAGGGCUGAGCAGGAAAAGAAGGAGAAAUUGGAAGCAAGGAAAAAAGCUGCCAGUUUGAAUGCAAGACAGAGAACAAAAGCUGCAGCGUCGAAGACAAAUACCAAAUUCUGCGCUGCUCCAGCUUCUAAGGAAUCCCCCUCACGCGUAGAGCCUGUAACCGUCGCCCCAACGAGCAGCUACCCCUUAGUCGCUGCGGCCGGUAUAUUGCCCCUAUACUCAUCUUUCUCGUCUAAACACUGCCGAGCUUCUUCUCCACCACCCGAUCCCCCGCCUUUCCCGAGGACGCCAACACGAGAAGGGCGAACAAACCGCGUCACUUCUGGUGGAUUAGCCGAUUCCCUCUUCACGCCUAUAUCGAGAAGUGAAAGCCUGUUUGGUAGUGCCCGGACACCAUUAUUCUCGCCGAAAAUAGUUUUUGGAAUUUGCUCGUCGCCGCUAAGUAACCGAAAGGCGGUGAAAAGGUCGCCGAGUCGGCCUCCACUAAAGAAACAACAUCUCGCAACUGCAAACGCCGAACAGGUCCUCCAAGGAUCUAAGUUUCUUGGCAAAGACAACGAGGAUGAAAUUGUCUUGAGCUGGGGAUUGGAGGGCGCUUUUGAGGAACUUCAGUGUCCACCAAAUUCCCAGUCACUUACCAGCAGUGACGUCGACGUGGAGGAGGCAGUAACUCCUGCGAAUGAAUACGUCAGCGAGAAAAAAGAUCCUGAUACUGAAGACGCUGAUGAUUCUGAUAAUGUUGGUGUUCGCCAACAUUGGGAAGGCCUUCCUCCGUCUUCUCCCCCACCGCCAACUAGCCCUGCUUUGAUGCCCCAAGAUCCAGAAGAUGAGGAAAUGGGGGAUCUGGAACUUCCAUUCCCAACGUCAGACAUUGACGCUGACGGUAGCAGAUCCGAGUUUGCAGGCCUCAGCGAGGACACUCCUGCCUUUUCCGAAGAAGAAUUCGCUGCUUGUCUCGCCAACGGCGAUUUUUCUGCCUUUUUCUCCGACGACCAAGAUUUGGGAAAAGACAUUUCCUCUGACGUGGAUGUCUUUGACCAGUUCACGAAUUUAAAUGCUCCGUCAGACCAAUCUGAAGGAAAACAAGCCCCAAUGGUGAAUAUGGACCUUGAAGAAAUGGAUUUCACGGAAUUUUGGAAGACCUUCAAGCCAUUGGUCGAGGAGAACGUUGGUAUGGAUUUUAGCUCCGAGGUCGGAGACUUGAGGGGGAUGAAGACUUUGGAUCAUGCUAAACUGGCGGACGAUAUGCAGGCCUUGUUGAGUGGGUGCCUAAUGUAA